AUGAUAGUUGUUGCAGCAACUAUCAAAGUUUUGAAUUUUUUUGCAAAAAGUGAAGGGUGGAAGACAGGUAAAAAAGGUGGAGGAGGUGGUGAUGGUAGUGGCAGAAGAGAAGGUGGUGGUGGAAGUGGAGGCGGAGGUAGUGGUAGAAGAGGAAGAAGUGAUAGUGGUGGUGGAGGAGGAGGUGGCGGCGAACAAGGUGUAGGUGGCGGCGGAGGAGGUGUAGGUUGUGGCGAAGGUGGGGGUGGUGAUAACGACAGAGGAGGCGUAAGUGAGAGGGGCGGGGCGGUGGCAGCGAGGGAAUAA